AUGAUCGACCCUCCAGUGGCUUGGCAACCAAUCUGGAUCUUUCUGCGCAUACAUCUGCUUCCUGUUGUGCAUUGUGGCUUAAUUUUUGUCUACUUGAUCUAUUCAUACUAUAAUAUUGGUCGUAAAUGGAAGGUAAGAGCCGUGAAUUUGUAAAAUCAUAUACAAAUCUUUGAUUCUUAUUCUUAAAUUUAAUAGUUUCAAGUGGAUUCUCAAAGAAUUUUACCUGUUCUUUAACUUUGAUCUCAUGAAUAAUAUCGGAAAUGCUCGAUUUCAGGGCAAACCCGAACCAAACAGUCUUCGCGACCAGCGAAUCGGCGUAAGCCACUUUUUCGACCCAAAACGACGGGAAACGAUGCUGCUGUUGAAAAUUUAG